UAUAUUGUUUCUCUAAUUAGAUAAAAGACGCAAAAAAGGUAGUAACAAACCCGGAUAACAUGUGUUUUGAUGCAGGUCGUGAUGGAAAUACCAUAUGUAGCCAUCCAGACCACAUGCUAUACUCUUAUUGUCUAUGCCAUGGUGAGCUUCCAGUGGACAGCCGUAAAGUUCUUCUGGUUCUUCUUCGUCACCUUUUUCACAUUCCUCUACUUCACUUACUAUGGCAUGAUGACCGCGUCCAUCACACCGAACCACCAAGUGGCAGCUAUCUUUGCGGCAGCUUUCUAUGCACUCUUCAACCUGUUCUCUGGUUUCUUCAUUCCCAGACCGGCAAGUCCUCCCUAACGGACCCACAUCAGCAUCAUCAUCAUUACCACCAUCGUCAGCAACAUCAUCAUCAUCAUCAUCAAACACAAGCUGCAGCUGCUGUUUCUCUUGCAGUUCCAACCAGCUUCUUUCUAGCUCAGGUGGAAACACAAGGUGGGGCCCUUUACUCCCAGUUGUCUGUAAUGCCACUGAAAUCUGAUGGCUCCCUCUGUAUCAUGGAAACUCUUACAAGAUCACAGCAAGGUGAAGGUAUGCUUCUCUUCUUCCAUCUCUUCCUUUCAGUUUCUUUUAAAUAGCUUCUAAAAAUAAAGUCAUGUCUAUCUCUUUGUUGAUGGGAAUGAUGCCA